GCCACGGAGGUGCGCAGGGCAGGCGGCCGCAAAAAAGGCCGACCACGAGCGCACCACAUACGGAGCCCGAGGCGACGCCCCGACGACUCCACCCAUCAAAAGGGGGGCCGGGCGAGGCGAGCGAGCAGCAACUCCAAGCUACGCAGCACACAACUCUCUCCACCCCCAGCAAUCCAUCCACCCCCACCCCCCUUUCCCCUCCCCUCCCGAGCUCGGCAAUGGCAAACGCUUCGUCAGGAGCUGGGAUCCAUGAUGACUGCAAGCUGAGGUUCGUGGAGCUCAAGUCCAAGAGGAUGCACCGCUUCAUAACCUACAGGCUGGAGAACCAGAAGGAGGUCAUUGUGGACCAAACUGGGGAGCGCGAGGCCACCUAUGAGGACUUCACCAAGACCCUGCCUGAGAACGACUGCCGAUUCGCAGUGUUUGACUUCGACUUCACCACCCCGGAGGAUGUGCCAAAGAGCAGGAUCUUCUAUAUCUUCUGGUCUCCUGACACCGCAAAGGUGAGGAGCAAGAUGACGUACGCGAGCACCAACGAGAAGUUCAAGAGGACCCUGGACGGCAUCCAGAUUGAGAUGCAGGCCACUGACCCGAGCGAAAUCAGCCUGGACGUGAUCAAGGAGCGCGCGCACUAAGGCAAAUCAUCCCAAUGCCUCGCAAUAUGGAUUUAUGUCAAAUAUAGAUUUGGCGGUGUGACUCUUGAAACUUUCUUGAUGAUUUGUGGCUUUGUUACCGUGUCGAAAGGCCCUCCUCCCGUGGUCCGUGAGACCACGGAGGGCUUGCUCUAUCAUGUAAUCUGUUCUUUUUCCUCUGCCCAUUUAUAUGCCGGGCCUUAUGCUGCUGCACUGCACUGUUCUUCCAAGUUACGGUUAUAAAUAAUCAAAUGUUCUGUUUGGAUUCGUCACAA